UCAAAACACUACAACACUUCCAGUCAACACAAGAUGUCGCUCGCAGACUAUCUCGCAAAGAACUAUCUGAAUGCGGAUGAUAGAUCGGAAAAGAAGAGCAAGAAGAGGAAGCGCAAGGGUACCGCCGCUCCCACAGAAGGACUCAUCAUAGAGGAUGAGGACAACAGUUGGCGGAAUGGCAAGCAAAACGAAGAAGAUGACGAUGGACCGACAACAAUAUCUGGCCAGAGCAUAGAACGCCGCAAGCUCAAGAAGUCCGGCUGGAAAACUGUCGGGAGUGCAGCGCCAUCCAAUGCCGAGCAAGCUGCCGCAGACGCCAUCAUUGCAUCUGCCGCGGCCGAAAACUCGGUCCGCGCAGGUGCUGAAGAUGAAGCGCCGACGGUCGAAGAUUCAGAAAACAUUAUGAAGAUGGAGUCUGGUGCCUUCGCCGGUCUACAGACAGCCGCGCAGGUCGAAGCCGCCAUCAAAAUCAAAGAGCGGGAAGAACGAGAGGCGUAUGGUGCGGCAAGUGCUGCACGGUCAGGCAAGGAGCAUGAAACAAUAUAUCGUGACGCAUCGGGGCGAAUUAUAAAUGUGGCAAUGAAGCGUGCGGAGGCGCGUAAGAAGGCAGAGGAAGAGGAGCGGAAGAAAGUCGCGGAGGUACGAAUGGCGAAAGGAGAUGUUCAGCUCGCUGAACAGGCGGCACGGAAACAACAGCUCAAGGAUGCAAAGUAUAUGACAUUAUCGAGAUAUGCUGAUGACGAGGAAUUGAACGAUAAGAUGAAAGACAAGGAUCGGUGGAACGAUCCGGCGGCAGGCUUUCUGGUUAAGAAGAAAGAGGGCCGAAGCGUUACGGGUAAGCCGUUGUACAAGGGUGCUGCAGCACCUAAUCGAUACGGGAUUCGACCUGGAUAUCGGUGGGAUGGCGUCGAUAGGAGUAAUGGUUUUGAAAAGGAAUAUUUUGCGGCAAAGAACAAGAAGGUCAACAGACAAGAAUUGGAAUAUGCCUGGCAGAUGGAUGCAUAGAAUGCAGCUUUGUAAAUGCCCUGGUAGUAGCACCUUUGAACUCCGGGAAAAGCAGGCCGUCAUUGAAUCAGGAUACCAUUUCCAGCCGAGUAACCUCAAGCGCUUCGCUGAAGUACGUCAUUACCCUCUGGGAUGCUCAACGCGCAUUCUUCAGUCUAGCUUCUGGUGUGUAGAUAUGCGAUCGCCAAAUGAAGAAGCCAAGUCUAUUUGUAGUGUACAUACUCUACAAACCCUACCAGAGAACUUCAGUCACGACAAGGUCGGGAUGCAUGU